CUUCUGCAGAAGUUUGUCUGCCACGUAAGGGAUUUUAGCAGUUAAACUUUUUAAUUUGUGUAUAUUUUGCGAAAGCUUUGACAAUUGCCUUCAAACAUGAUGCUGUUUACUCUUUGUUCCUUAUUGCCAUCACUGUUUGAUUUUGUCACUAGUGGAAAACUUCCAGAAGCCGAUGUGAAAAUUGAGGUGAUACACAAACCUUUUCUGUGUCACCGAAAAUCAAAAUAUGGAGACAUGCUUCUUGUUCAUUACGAGGGAUUCCUGGAGAGCAAUGGCACUAUGUUCCAUUCCAGCCGCAAACAUGGGGACAGAAAUCCAGUUUGGUUCACUCUUGGGAUCCGAGAGGUGCUUAAAGGUUGGGACAAGGGUCUGCAGAAUAUGUGUGCUGGAGAGCGCAGGAAGCUGACUGUCCCUCCAUCACUGGCAUACGGAAAGGAAGGUCAAGGUAAAAUUCCUCCAACCAGCACCUUGAUAUUUGACAUUGAGCUCAUGGAGAUCCAAAAUGGUCCCAGGUCCCACGAGUCUUUCCGGGACAUGGAUCUUAACGACGAUUGGAAACUCUCCAGGCAGGAGGUGAAGCAUUUCUUGAAGAAGGAAUUUGAGAAACAUGGUUACUCGCCCAAUGACACACAUCAUGAAGUGAUGGUUGAUGACAUCUUCAAAAAUGAGGAUGAGGACAAAGACGGCUUUAUAUCAGUUAGGGAAUUCACUUCCAUACAUGAUGAACUCUGAAUGACGGAUUCAACUUUUAAAUUAGGUUGGUGUUUUUUUUGUAGAUCAUCUUUGAAACUAAUCAAACUGAUCAAUCUAUUCCAAUCACAGUAGAUUGAUGUUUUAAACAAAGACUUUCACAAUUUCAAAACUACAUUAACCAUUAUUGUAGGAUGUUUUGUUUCAUGUUUUUUUAUUUUAUUUAUUUUGACCUAGAAGUUUUAUGUUUUAUAUUCAUUUGCACAAUUCAGAACUUAUUUCCCUUGGACACACAUGUAUAAAUGUCAUAGUUCUUGUUGCUUUAAGAUGAUUAAACAAAAUUUUUUUUAUGAAAUAAACUACUUUUAAAAAAAAUUUUUUUGUAACCUGUCCCAGUCUGUAAUGAUGCAGGAUUUCUGGUCGCUUCUGUGCAUAUUUACCACUAGAGGGCACUCUUGCCUUUAGUCUUACAAGCGCUUUCAUCUCUUUAAAUCCUCCCCAACUGUAAAAAAUGCACAAUCCCCCACAGUAGCUGACUGACCUAUAUAUUUUUUCUUCAAAUUGAGAGUAAAGUCACGUAAAGCAUCACUUGUUAUCGGAACCAUAUAUUAUGCAUGAUGGAGUAAUGGGAGUUGAAGAUGUUUGAAAUUUUAUUUGGUUUCAAUCUCCAUGUUAAAGGUUAUAUUUCCUCAUGUACUCCUUUGUUACAUUUCAAUUUAAACUUUUAAAACACAAAAUGAACAUUUGAACCGCUUGCAAAAUAAAGACUUUCAACAUUUAUUGACUGAUGCACCUACAUCUUUAUAAACAUGGCACCAGAGUCUGGAGAUAUAGCGGAAAGGCACAGCAUCCAAGCUGCUUGAGGUUUAUGAAAACAGAGGUAUGUCACUUUUAUAUAUUUGUUAGUACUACCCACAUGUGAUGGCAGUAUUAUAUGAAGUAGAUAAUCUUUGAAAAAAUUUGGCUCCUCUGUCUUCUCCCCAUGGACCUGCUGUCAUCUCAAUAAAUACACCACUAGAUCAGGAACAACCAAUCAUAUCCUGGAGGAGGGUCUUACUUUCACCCUUUCACCUUGCUCUCUGCUACGCACAACCAACACAACAACAGGACCUGCCAUGAAUGCUCAGCCUAGUUCCAUCGAUGACGGUGCACAAACGGUCUUCCUGUAACAGUACAUUGUUUUCCACUUGUAACAUAUUUAGCAGCACAUACACUAGCUUGAUUGACAGCGCAAAGACACUCCACCUGGCUCUGAUUAGUGUUUUUGACUUGCUGCGGUGUUGACCGCCUCCAUAUCAAGCUGCAGGUGGUAAUUCAUGCAAAAGGAGCCUUGAUCAUGUAUUGAGUGCAUUAUACUGUAGAGUACAUGGACAGACCUUCAGUGGGUUAACUUUUCUGUUUAAAAGAAAUAUUUUGAAAUUGCUUUGAAUGUGAUAGAAUUUUCAAGAAACUGAAUUUGUUGGCCUUCAUUAGCUGUAAGACAAUCAACAAAUUGAAUGAAAAUAUAAAUGCAUCACUGUAUAUGUUAUGGGUCUAUGUAAUACCUGAGUUUCAUGUCAAGAACUGAAUUACUGAAUGCACUUUUUGAUGAAAUUCUAAUUUAUUGAAAUGCCUUUGUAUCUAUUGCCUUCAAAUUAUGUAUUGCAUGGCAUACCACUAUCAAAGUGGUUCACAGGCUUGCUCCUGACCCCAAGCUUGCAGCGGCUCUCGCUGUGGCUCCAAAGCGACUGCAGAGUGUAAAUAACGUGGCCACUAAGCAGAGGCUGUUUAACAUGUGGAGUAAAUGUGACUUACGGCUCGAGGCUCAGUCAGGGGACUAGUCAAAUCAGCAACAAGAAGCAGACUGUUUGUUUCUCUGAUCAAAGGAGCCAUUGAAGCAUGGUACUGCUAGCAGCUUCGCUCCAGCCGUCCUCUUUUCCUUUUUUAAAUUAUUUUAAACAUGGGAAGCUUUGGCUGAUCAUUAGCUGAAUACAGCUGAAUAAGAAAAAUCUGAUUUUGCAAAUAUAAACCAACUCCAGGAGUUGGGGGAUGAUGCAACGGAGGAGAGAGAGGGCGCAAUCUAUUUUAAAGCCACAAUGGUGGUUCAGCUAUCAACUUAUUUCUUAAGCAAGAAAAUACUAACUUCUGCAUUUAGAAAAAUAACGACUUCCCUAUUUUUAUGCAGGCUGGUUCUUUCAAGUUAAAUAUAAAGAUAUGAGGAAAUGAUUGUAUCAUUGUUUCUGCAAUACUGCAUAUCUAAAAAAAAAACCCAGAUGACAGAUGACGUGCAUGAGCAACACUCAACAGCCUCAGAGUUCAGAUAGAGAGGUGCCUUUAAGUAGCAGGACAGGAUGUGACUGUGGUACACCUCUCUCACAAAGAGCACUACUGUUUAUUUUUAUGCCUCCUUUUCCUCGUUCCUGCAGUUUAUUUGGCUUCUGGCGAAAUUCAAGCCUUCUCACCACAUGCGUGCAGGUAGAGCUGGAUCAGUGGGAAAAUAAAGCAGGAAGUAAAAAUGGUAAACACACCAGAUUUUGUUCAUGGUCCAAAAAAAAAAAAAAAAAAAAAAAAAAAAAACCCACAGGAGUUGAAAUCUAGUUUAGACACGUCUUCAACUCGUCAGUCUACUUCAAACUCAAGUUUGACCUUCUUUAAUAAAACAUCAUUUCAUAAAUUACAUUUGAAUUGCAACUGUCACAAAAAUACAUUUUGAUAAAAUGGAUCUGUAGAAAGGAUUCAACAAUCACAUUAAACCAAGUGAUAAAGGAACAUGCUUGGCACGGGCGUCACUUUGGGCCCUACGGUGGUGGUUGUGGUCGUCAUCGAGCAAUGUUACUGGCUUAAAAUAACAAAACAUAUAUAUAUAUAAAAAAAACACUACUUUACUCGAACAAAUCCCCUGUAAUAGUCUGCACACUCAAACUUUGCAACACUACCAACCACAAUGUGCACAUAGGAGUUUGGCACAUGUGCUGCACCCUUCAAAAAGACACAAUGUCAUCCAAUCCGUAUAAAUGAUGGAUCCUGAAACUGUCUGCCCUCUUCUGAUUUGUCAUUUCUGUUUUGAUCCUUCUGCAGGUACAUCAACAAGCAUUUCCAAGAACUUGUAUAUAUAAACUAUGGAGCACGAAAAUCUUUACAAAAUAAAUUUUUACACUUGAUGCAAAAAAAAAAAA